UGUUGGGGUUAGAUUGUGUGGAGGGGCGGGACGCGGCUCAGUGUGUGUGUGACUGCAGCCUGAUUAACACGCGCCGUCCUCCUCUCCAAAAAGCACACACACACACUCUCCCGAAGACACGCUUGCAACAGUCAAACUUUUCAUUCAUAAAACCGCCAACAUGGACCUGGACCCGACCGUCGUCAUCCCCGCCAUCCUCUUCACCGUCGUUGCCAUUUAUUUCGCCUCUUCGCUCCUCAGCAAGAAGCCCGACGCAUCCUCCUCCUCCUCAGCCGGGAGCAAGAAGCCCAAAGUCGGAUACGGAGACGACAUCCCUCCGUCCAGAUCUCUGGGAGAGCAGCCCCGGUCCGAGCCUCCGGCUCCGGCUGUGGAGGACAUCGGAGCCGCUGACCAGAUCCAGGACGUCCCGGACCCGCAGGUGAAGGCUGUCCCAGAACCAGUAUCAGCACCAGAACCUGUCCCGGAACCUGUGAAAGAGCCAGAACCUGUUCCAAAACUAGUCAAAGUUCCAGAGACUGUACAAGAAUCAGUAUCAAAACCAGAACCUAUCCCAGAACCUGUCCAAGAACAUGUUCCAGAACCAGUCACAGUGCCAGAGACUGUACCAGAACCAGUUGCAGCACAAGAAGUAGCUGCAGUACCAGAAACUAUUCCAGAGCCAGUACCAGUACCAGAACCUGUCCCAGAGCCAGCUGCAGUCCCAGAACCAAUGUCAGUACCAGAACCUGUCCCAGAGCCAGCUGCAGUCCCAGAACCAGCAUCAGUACCAGAACCUGUCCUGGAACCUGUUGCAGUGCCUGAACCAGAGCCUGUGGUUGAGUCUGAACCGGUAUCUGAGGCGGUCCCGCAGCCUGUGGCUGAACCAGAGAAGGUUGAGGAGGAGUAUUUACCCGAGCUGAUCCCUGGUUCUACAGAAGACAGCCUGCCGACCCCUGAACCUGUUGCAGAGGCAUCACCCGAGCCUAAACCAGAACCUGAACCGGAGACCGUCCUGGACAACGAUGUGGCUGCAGCCGAAGAUAAAGUGAGGUUCACUCCGGGAAAGAAACAGAGCAAGCUCGAGACGCUGAUGACCAAGGAGGAGAUCGAGGAGGAGCAGAGGGUGCAACAGGAGCAGCUGGCGGCCAUCUUCCUGCUGCUGAGGGAGAACCAGGAGGCGUUGGGGGAGGUGACGGAGGGAGACAUGGAGGAGCAGCUGAAGCUCUACUCCCUCUGAGACACGCUGGCGCCGUCCGAGACGCCGUCCGUCCUCUCAGGGGAGUCCAUCGCGUCGCCGUUACCGCGGCAACACUGGCUCUCGCAGAACUUGAGCGUGAAACGGCGUAGAAUUAAAUCUGAAGUCUGUAACUUUUGUCUGUGAGAUAGUUUUACGUUCUGUCCUCUGCAUGGCGGCGUCUUCUCAACGCAUUUGUUGAUUAUGUUCAGUAUUUUUAAUCUGCAAAGGAACUAGUAACUAAAGUUAUCAGCUGUGAAUUGUAGUGGAGUAAAAGUACAAAGGGGCAGAAAAUGCAAACACCCAAGUAAAGUACAAGUACCUUGUACUUAGUUACUUUCCACCACCGCUGUCCGGCCUCCGUUCCACCGGAGACGACGUCACGUUGCACUUUGGUCCAACAGACAUUCGUUCCGGCCGCAGCGGCAGGUUCAGAGUUCCCUCGGAGUCGGCAUCAGCUCACGGCGCCGUCAUGCUGUUACAGACCAUGCGCUGUGGGUUGAUGAGCUCAUUGGGCGUUAAAGCAAGUUUCACCCAGCACAAGAGCAAAAACACGGACCUUCCAAAAGCACAAAUAGUAAUUUAGUUACAUUUAGUGAGAACCUCUUUAUGCUAAGCUAAGCUAGCCCCUAAAUAUUUGGACUGUUUUCUUUUCUCUUGAAUUAUUCUGACUUUUCUUCUUUGGACGUGACAUUUUCCCCAAAGUAUUAGGACUUUUUUUCCCUUUUAAUCGGAAUAUUAUGACUUUGGCAUUUUCUGUUUAUCUGGUGCAGACAUAGGCCUGUGGAGCGACUGUAACUGCUGCAUCCUGGGUAAUGUAGUGUUUUCUGACAGACCUUAUUUGAGUCACCUGUUCUCUGGUAGCUGGUGUUUAUUGACUCUGAUUUGUGUGAUUUUUACGUAGAUGAUCCACCUGUUGAAACCGGAUUCAUUUAUUUCAGUUGAAUUCUGUGAUAAGUUUCUUUUUUUUUCUCCAUGAUAAUAAAU